AGUCGACGGCCGAAGGACCAGUGGCAGUCGCGCGCCGGCCGCUGCCUCGAUAGGGUGUUUGUGUUUAUGUCGUCGCGAUGAAAAUUCGACCGCCAUAGAGGUUAUGUUUACGCGUGCCGCGGGAACGAAACCGACCACGCAUGCCCUUCUGCGUCCACCUUUUCGAAAAUCCUCCACCGAUCGUCACGUGUCCAUCGGUAAAUCCAUCGAUUUCCCACGACACCGCGUCCCUCGGCCUACGCAGCAGCUUGGCAACACUUGACACACGCAAUAAAGCUUCGUAAAUGCACAGGAGCGUCGUGUGUGCCAGCUCUCGGACGUGAUUGGUGAGGUGGUGUGCGUGUAAAGGGCCAACAAGAGAGGCCGCAACGGUGAGCAUUCGAGAUGAGCUAUGAAUUUAGGCUGCCUGGUAGCCACCGUCUUCGUGCUUCAGCUGCUGUUCAACGUCACAGCGCUACCCUCAGUCGUCAAGAUUGGUGCUAUAUUCACUCAUGACCAAAAGGAUAGCAGUACAGAGUUGGCCUUCAAGUAUGCCGUGUACAAGAUCAACAAGGAAAGGCUUAUCCUGCCGAAGACGACGCUGGAGUACGAUAUACAAUACGUGCCAAAAGAUGACUCCUUCCACGCGUCGAAGAAGGCGUGUCAACAGGUCAAGUACGGGGUGCAGGCAGUAUUCGGCCCAUCGGAUCCCAUCCUGGGCCAACACAUUCAUAGCAUCUGCGACGCACUGGACAUUCCACAUCUGGAAGCCAGGCUGGACCUGGACACGGAGGCAAAAGAGUUCAGUAUCAACCUCUAUCCCGCACAAAGUUUGCUCAACGCCGCUUAUCAGGACAUCAUGGAGUUUCUCAACUGGACCAAGGUCGCCAUUAUCUACGAGGACGACUAUGGACUGGUGAAGCUACGAGAACUCGUCAGGUCGCCGAAGUCUCGAGAGAUCGAGGUUAACCUCAGGCAGGCCGACCCGGAUUCCUACAGGCAGGUUCUCUCCGAGAUGAAAAGCAAGGAAAUACGGAAUCUCAUCGUAGAUACCAGGCCGGAGCAUAUGCAUCAUUUUCUACGAAUGAUCUUGCAGCUGCAAAUGAACGACUACAAGUACCACUAUCUCUUCACAACUUUCGAUAUCGAGACCUUCGACCUCGAGGACUUCAAGUACAAUUUCGUCAAUAUCACUGCCUUCCGUCUGGUCGACGCGGAGGAUGUCGGAGUGCGGGGCAUCUUGAGGGACAUGGAACGAUACCAACCGUCCGGGAAUACGAUCCUCAACAAAUCGAGAGUUAUACAGGCGGAGCCGGCGCUCAUGUACGAUAGCGUGCAGGUGUUCGCUGUAGGAUUAAGAACCCUGGAACAGUCGCACGCGCUCAGGCCCGCCAACAUCUCCUGCGAAAUGGAACACCCCUGGGACGGAGGGUUGUCCCUCAUCAACUACAUCAACUCGGUCGAGAUGAAGGGUAUUUCCGGUCCCAUCGAGUUCAAAGAAGGGCGCAGAAUUCAAUUCAAGCUGGACCUGCUGAAACUGAAGCAACAUUCGCUCGUCAAGGUCGGUGAAUGGCGUCCAGGCGCCGGCGUCAAUGUGACGGACACCGCGGCAUUUUUCGAGCCAGGAACAGCGAAUGUCACUCUGCUCGUCAUCACUAUAUUGGCUCGUGUAUCGUCCAGAUCUGAUAGCGUGUUCCGUUGUUUGCAUGGACCCCCUGUUGCGACACAGGAAAUUCCGUACGUGAUGAUGCACUACGAAAAAAACUACACGGGGAACGCGCGGUUUUACGGUUUUUGCGUGGACCUACUGGAGGCGGUGGCAAGGGAAGUCGGCUUCUCAUACAGAUUGGAGCUGGUACCGGACAGGAAGUACGGCGCGAAAGACCCGGAAACCGGGGAGUGGAACGGCAUCGUCAGAGAACUCAUGCGACAUGAGCAGCCGUACGUAAUGCUGAAGAGCAGAGGGAAUUUCAGCGGGAACGCACGUUACGAGGGCUUCUGCAUCGACCUACUCAAGGAGAUAGCUCACAUGGUGGGCUUCGCCUACAGGAUCGAGCUCGUGCCGGAUGGCAAGUACGGCGUUUACGAUUACGAGACUGGCGAGUGGAACGGAAUAGUCCGCCAGCUGAUAGACAAGAAAGCAGACUUGGCAGUCGGCUCGAUGACCAUCAAUUACGCCCGCGAAAGCGUGAUCGACUUUACGAAACCGUUCAUGAACCUUGGAAUUUCGAUUCUCUUCAAGGUACCGACCAGUCAUCCAGCUCGACUAUUCUCCUUUAUGAACCCGCUGGCUAUUCAAAUCUGGCUGUAUGUGCUGGCUGCGUACGUCCUUGUCUCGGUGAUGAUGUUCGUGGUUGCUAGGAUCAGCCCGUACGAGUGGAACAACCCUCAUCCCUGUCAUACAGAGUCGGAACUUGUCGAGAACCAAUUCUCGCUGGCCAAUAGUUUUUGGUUCACCAUUGGCACUCUGAUGCAGCAGGGUAGCGAUCUGAACCCUAAGGCAACGAGCACGCGGAUCGUGGGUGGCAUAUGGUGGUUCUUCACGCUGAUCAUCAUAUCGUCGUAUACUGCCAACCUGGCGGCGUUCCUUACGGUCGAGAGGAUGAUCACUCCCAUUGAAAAUGCGGAGGAUCUCGCUGGUCAGACGGACAUCGCUUAUGGUACCUUGGAUAGCGGAAGUACCAUGACUUUCUUCAGGGAUUCGAUGAUCGAGACGUACAAGAAGAUGUGGCGGUUCAUGGAGAACAAGAAACCAUCCGUGUUCGUGCCCACUUACGAAGAAGGGAUCCAGAGGGUUCUUCAAGGUGAUUACGCUUUCUUAAUGGAGUCGACCAUGCUGGAUUACAUCGUGCAAAGGGACUGCAAUCUCACCCAAAUUGGCGGACUUCUGGAUAGCAAAGGAUACGGCAUCGCUACGCCAAUGGGCUCACCAUGGCGAGAUAAGAUAUCUCUGGCAAUCCUCGAGCUUCAGGAAAAGGGAGAAAUCCAAAUGCUGUACGACAAAUGGUGGAAGAGUCCCGGUGAUACUUGUAUGAGGACUGAGAAGGGCAAGGAGAGCAAGGCGAAUUCCUUGGGAGUGGAUAAUAUAGGUGGAGUAUUCGUUGUACUGCUGUGCGGCCUGGCGUUCGCCGUGUUGAUCGCGAUUUUCGAGUUCUGCUAUAGUACCAGGAGAAACAUGCCGGCGGAACGGAGAGCUCCGGUAUCGACGCCGAUCUGCACGGAUUCUUUGCAAGGGAUCUCGCAAUCCGUGCAGCAACAGCAACAACAGCAGACGCAACAGCAGCUACAACAGCAGCCGCAACAGCAACCGAAUCAGCAUCAGGAAUCCCUGUGCUCGGAAAUGGCGCGGGAACUGUGUCGCGCGUUGCGCUGCCACGCGUCCUCGCGGCGGCGUCGCGCCUGCGAGAAAUGCUCAACGCACGUGCUCGGCUAUACACCGGACAACCCCACUGCCACCCCCUUGAAUGGGAUGAGAUCGCAGAGAAGCAGCCUGGGUGUUCCCACAGUGGAACUGCCGCCACAUGUCCACCUGCAUCAUCACGCACCACCGCCACACGACUAUGACGGAACUUAAACUCACGAAUCUUUUUACACCUUUUGCGGUCACUUCUUGGGGCCUAACGAACGAGAAGAACGUACUAACGGGGAAAAGAAGUGGUACGACUACGGACGAAAAAGCUUCGAAAAGAAAAGAGAGGGGACAAGAUCGAGAAGACCGAGAAGAAAGUACAAAAACGCAUCAAGUAGCACCGAACGGACAGAUCGACCAGUUCGUUCCUUUCCUUUUUUCCUAGAGAACGAAGUAGAAUACCGCCGCGAGUAUCACAUACGUCGAGAAUCACCGAGAACCAACGUUGCACAAUUUCUAUGAAGAGCGUGUGUUCGUCGUCGAACACGAACGAGAGAGGAGAAAAAAAAAGGCUCUUGUGUUCCCGCGAAUCUCCCCUUCCUAUUUUCACCAAGAACACGGUCUCGUUUCACUUUCUACCGUAGAGUCUGCACCAAGAGACGAUUGUUCGCGUACGUUGGCUAACGCGGAGCGCAGGGAUCGAUCGUGGAGGACUCGCACGACCCGUGGCGAAAAUCCAACAAGACCUGCCAUUUCUCAAUUCUCGUCCCGCCACUAUUUCAUCCUCUCACUGUUUCUCACUUGCAUCGCGUAGAAAUAUCAUGGUAUUUGUCAUACGAUCAACCAAAAACUCGAGGAAUUUGCGUUUCGAUGACCCACACGCAACAUUUCCCUCGAUUAAUCGAACGGAGAAGGAUACUUCAAAUCUCGUAGCGAUUUCUCUCGACGAAAAGAAAUCGUGGCAAUCUAAUAAAUCGAAAAAUUAGUUGAUAUUAUUAAAAUUAAUCACAAGAUACAUUGACAAGUGCUGUGUAUCUCGAAAUACGAUCCUCGAGUAUUAUUUAGCACGACUAGAUUUUGAUCCAUUUGGAGGAAUCGACGAGCCGAAGUACAAAGAAGAAUGUCGAAUUUUCUUUUUACUCUGCGCUAACGAAAAGGAUCGAACAACCGAUUUCAGUCUCGGAACAUUUCCUGUACAUUCCACGUCGCGUCAGAAGAACAUUCGUGUUCGAAGAACGAUCGAGCCCGAGAUUAAACAGGAACGACACUUAUCACGCGAUUUUUCUUCCGUUUUCGGCAAGACGAGAUGUCGUUGCGACUGACGCCAGGCUCGAUUCGGCUCUUCCUGUAAUACAACACGCGAUCGAUCGUAGAAAUCGGAACGGCCAAGUAAGGCGGUGAAACCAUCUGUCGAUCAGGCCGUUCCUUUUUUACCCUUUUGCGUCCACGUAAACGAACUGCACCGUAAACGAUUCUUGCAUACGUAAACGACCACCGGAGGCACAUUAACUCACAUAACACACUCACGCAGAUACAGAUUCGUGUAACUACCGCGGCGGCACGCGCGAAUGUAGACGAUACAAUUUGCAAGUAUUUUAAAGUAAAACACAGAAGGCAAGCGACUAACUGUCUAGAGUUAAAGAGAAAAAAAAACGAGUACAACCAAGUAGACGUUUGAUGUCAUUUCACGUGUGUAUAUGCAGACGGCGAAUAAACGUAAGACAUGAUGAUGGACAGGAUGGAUCGUUUUCUCGUUUACCUUCCCCUGAUUUUCCUCGGAUUCGUUUUGAGAUUGACGAUCCUAGUCCAACUCCACUUUCUAUUAACUUCUUAAUUUCAUUAUAUAAGCAGAUAAUUUUGAAUGUUACAAUUUUGGAAAUAAUUCAAUUCUCAAUAAGUAAAGGACUCAUUUCUGCAGGUUCAUUUAUCAUAGGAAAAUAACGACAAUUUCGAAAACAAAUUUCGAGAACGGUGUUUGUAACGUCCUCGCUUCUUUCUUCUUUUUAAUAUGUGGAGUUGAACAGUUGUUGAUUUCGUUUUGAAAUCGAUAAAAGUAAUACAAUGUAAUAUUGAAGUUGUACGGUUAGUAUUAACGCUGAUAUAUUACAUCUACGUAAACACUACGUUGUACAGAACUAUACAGGGUAUUCCUGAAAUCUUAGUAGAACCGGAAAGCAGACAAUUUUCCAUUUGAGGUAAAAGGUGAUAAAAGUAAGUAUUUCCUUCAUAAAUCGCAUUUCAUAUCCCUUAUUUUAUUUCUCAAUUAUUACUCUAUAUCUAAUAUAGACAAACCAAUGUUAACACCCGACAUCCAAUAUUCCCUACCCAUUACCAUCUUCUUAUAUUCAGCAUUCUCUAUGCUGAAUCUCACAGCCCGUUCUCCACAUCCUAAUUGAACAAUUCGGUCCUUUGAAAUUAGGACGACACAGAAAAUGCCAAUAAGAUGUAAAAUACAGCUCACGAAUUGCUCACGAGAAAUUGUCACGUUCCACAAACGAAGCUCGCUGUCCCAUAAAAUUAAAUUUGUUUUCCCCAGUCAUGUCAGUCCCGACAUUCGGACAUGUCGGUUCGGUACUGCAAAUCCUCACUUCAUCCCACAAACGAAACUUCUUAUCCUACAAAAUGAAACUCGUUUUCGUUUGUUGGAAAAUAUAUUUGUUUAUUUACUUUCGUGGACUGUACUUUUCAGUGCGUUUAAAUCUUAAGUGUCUUAGAAUAUCGAACAUUGGACAUGGUUUUGGAAAAAUUGGUAAUUUGAUGGUUGAUAUAGGAAAGAGAAAAUAGAGCGUAGGCUGUGGCAUAUAGAGGCGUAUACAGAGAGUGUGACAUAUGGUUGAACCAAAAUAUUGGACCUGGCAUGUGGGAAAGGACAUGUAAAAAAUGUGCCAGAAGAUGAAAAAUAUGUAAAUAGGAAAUAUGAGAUGUGGUAUGAUGGUAUGUAUGCGCUGUAGAAAUUAGGCUGGAAGAUAUGGGCUAUGGAUACGAUAUACCGGGUAUGAGAUAUAAGAGAGGAGACAGGGAAUAUAAAAAGUUAGAUGCAGGAUGAAUAUACGUGUGCUGCGAGAGUAAGGACAAAAGAUAUUCCCUGUAUAAAAUAUUGUAUGUAAUAUGUAGAACACGAGAAAUGGAAUGCUUAAUACGAGAUAUAGAAUGGAGAUGUGAAAUGUGGAAAAUAGGGCCCACAAAAUAAAAGAUAUGGAUUGGCAUCUACUUGCUAUGGAAUAUAGGAUAAUAUACAGGGUGGCUGGUAACUGGUGGUACAAGCGGAAAGAAAAAAAGAAGUCGAAAAUAUAGAAUAAAAAAUUUUUUUUUCAAUUUCUUUUUUCAAUUUUUCCAUCGAGACAACGAUCUACAGUGAGAUCCGUUAUAACGUACCGCGCGCGUACCGAGCGAAAAUUCAAAGUCGAUUUUCUCAAAAACAAAGCCUCGAACGAAAAAUGUUUAUUCUAUAUUUUCGACUUCUUUUUUCGCGUAGAAUCACCCCCUUUCCGCUUGUACCACCAGUUACCAACCACCCUGUAUAUGAAGUGAAAUGUGGUAUGGAAACGGUGAGAUGGUCUUCAGUUAACGAACGUGGAGUAGAGAGCAUUAUAUGUCGAACAUAGGAAGUAGAAUUGUAUGCGUGUGUGAGCAGGUGUAACGUGUUAUGUGUGGGUUCUGAUAUGCAACAUUUGAGGUUUAAGUGUAGAGAGUGAAGAGUUAGUUGUGGGAUACGUGAUAUAUCGUAUAAGAUGCGAGAUAUAAAACGUAGAAGAUGAAAUAGAAUUGGUAUAAAAUGAAAUGGAGAUGGGAAUGAAACUUAUCAACCAACACAAGUAACAAAGAGUUAUCUCUUAACAAAUAAUUUAAAAAAUAUCGCAGAAUUAAAGGAAGCUAAGAAAAGGUACAAAGUUAAGAUCGAUGGUAUAUCUCUUUUUUUUUAUAUAACAUCAUUUAUUAAGGGAUAAAAUAAAUGACAAAUAACAUAUCACUUAUAUGAAACUAUAACAUUUCUUAGUGUUCAUCAUUCGUUAUGAUAUAAAAGAAAUCACAUCACAUACGACCCUCCACGUAACGCUUACACGCUCGUGUCGGCUCGAUUCACACGCUAUUUUAUCGCGCGCGAUUUCCUCCCCUCUCUCACUCUCACUCUCUCUCUCUCUCUCUUUCUCUCUCUCUCUCUCUCUCUCUUUCCCUAUCGUUCGAAACUUGGAAAUCUUUUUACCGCGAAUAAUAUAAAAUACACGAUCAACAUCGAAUCGAUCAACGGACGAAAUGGACAACGAAGAAUAGAUCUCGCGAAACAAUCACAACGUGAUUUGCCCCCGGAAUAAUUCCAUGAAGUACUACAAUUAUAGCGUCUCACGCUACGGCUCAUGAUAAGAUUAGGCUUCGACCGCGUCGCUUAAUCGAAUCAACGUAACCGUGAUGUUUCAAGCGGAGUCGCAUGAAUGGAAUUCUCCGAGUUUUCGGGGAUGAGAAAUCAUCUCUACUUAAAUAAAGAAAAAAAAAAAAAAAAGGAAGAAAAGGAAAACGCGAGAAAAAAUGUAUAAACGUAUAAAACCCGAGGGAAUUUACGAUCGCGGCAGAUCAAGCGGAUUCGAGCAGACACCAGCGUGCCCUACAAUUUCUUCUGAUACGAUACAAUAAUAAUAAUAUAACCGACUGAAUCCAUUUUGGAAGGGCCUAGUCAAAUCACUUGUAAUUAUCACACGAUCAUACUCGACACGGUGGCAUGUAAAUGUUUUGUUGCUCCGUUAUUCUUCUUUUUUUUUUUCGUAAUAUUUUUUUUGCGGUUUUCACCUUUUUUCUAUUGUAAUAUGCUUGUUUUUUUCUUUUUUUUAUUUUUAUAUAUGUUUUUGUGACUUUCGGAGGUGGCUCGAGUUCGCGAUGCGAACAUGUACGUUCAUUCGCGAUCGAUAAACAAUAUUUCUUCUUGAUAAUACGCGUUCAUACUUUAUAUAAGAGUGUGUUGUCUGUCUCUAUGUAAAUGUAUGGGGUAUCGUGUUUGUGUAAUGCUUUAUAGCUGUGUGUCGAUCUAUCGUCGAAAUUGAAAAAAGAGAAAGAAAAAAACAAUGAAACGAAGUAGAAUAAUAGUAGUAGUAGUAGUAGUAGUAGUAGUAGUAGUAGUGGUGGUAGUAGUAGUAGUAGUAGUAGUAGUAGUAAUAGUAGUAGUAAUAGUAGUAAUAGUAAUAAUAGUAGUAGUGGUAGUAGUAGUAAUAUUAAUAAUAAUAAUAAAAAUAAUAAUAAUAAUAAUAAUAAUAAU